AUGAUCCAAGUCCGAGAGAUUGUUCGGAGUAUCAAAGAAACCGCAAAAAAUCAACCAAAUGCAGCCCCCAGCACAGUUAUCAGACAAAAUUUGCAGAAUGUCAGCAAUGAGGAAAUUCUCAUGCGCUUGCCACAGAAAAAUGCUUUGAAGCGAGUGGUAAAUCUACAACAAAACUUAGGAAGACCGCGGAUCCCUCAGUCUUUGAACGAUGUCGUAAUUGACCACCCUUACUCGCAUACUAAAAAUGACGAGCCCUUCCUUAUUUUCGACAACGGUGCGGGUAGUCCAGAAAGAAUCAUCAUUUUUUCAACAGAGAGCAACGUGAAAAUACUUGGAAACAGCGAUACGAUAUUUUCUGAUGGAACUUUUAAGUCGGUCCCUAACCAAUUUUUGCAGCUCUACACUCUUCACGGCCUUUUCAUGGGCGUUGUCCUGCCUUUAGUUUACAUGCUGUGUUCCAAUAAAACCGAAGACACUUACAACGUUCUGUACCAACAGCUUAAAAUUUAUGCAGUAUCUAUUAACGUUCACCAGGUCCACUUCCAACAUGCUCUUACGGAUUUUGAAAUCGGCAAUAUGAACGCUUUAAGACGGGCUUUUGAUGGAAUCCAGAUUAAUGGAUGUCUUUUUCAUUUCGGACAAUCUCUGUGGCGACAAAUAGUGAACAAGGGGUUGAGAAACGCAUACCUUGACACCGAGAAUUCAGAGAUAAGGAAGCAUUUAUUGGAGUUGAUGGCAUUACCAUUUAUUCCUGAGGAAGAUUUGGUAGCAACAUUUGAUUCGCUCGUGGAAGAAAUUCAUGAAGAUGUCCUAGAGUUUGCCGAGUACAUCGAGCGCACUUAUGUUCGAGGGAGGCGAGGAAGAGGUCGUCGACGAGCAGUGCCCCCACUUUUCCCACCACGUGUAUGGAAUUGUUACACAUUAGUUUUAGAGGACAGACACCGCACAAACAACGUUGUCGAAGGUUUCCAUUCAAAGUUUAAUCGCCUCGUGGGCACGUAUCACGCCAAUGUUUGGAAAUUUAUAGAAAAACUCAGAGACGUCCAAGAGGAAACUGAACAAAAUAUAGUCCAGAAAAGAGGAGGACACAACAUUUCGGCUCCGGUCAACAAAACCUACGUCACGAAUCAGGACAGAGUGAAGGCCAUAGUUGAACGGUAUGCGCAGUACAAAGGAGAGGGCGAAGUCAAAACCUAUCUGAGAGCGCUUGCUUACCACUUAAAACUGCAUUCAAAUCCCCAACGUCCUGAACCCAACUAUUGAGAUAAGAGGUAUUUUCCCCUUUUCUAACAUUACCACCCCUAUAUUCAGUAUUUUCCCCUUUUCUAACAGUA